AUGUUAAUCAUAACGUUCGGACUUCUUUUAUUUUUCUCAUCGUCACAAUCCGAAAGCCUUUUUAUGCCAAACUUGCCUGUGGGUGAAUAUCACAUGGUGAUUGAUAAAGUAUAUCCGUGUGAAACAACAAAAAACCAUCCGAUUCCAUUUAAUUGGUAUUUUAGUAAAAUAACACCAAGUAUAACGGAGGUAACAGGAUUAAAAAUAGAGAAAAUUCACAGAGUUUUAGAAUUUAGUCAAUCCCCUUGGUUAAAAGUGUAUAUAGAUUUUAAUACUGAGCUCAGAGCACAAGCUAAGAAUGAGUUUGAAAAAGAGUAUUUCAAAUUAAUGAACAACAGUGUUUAUGGACGUACCAUGAUGAAUGUUCGAUCUCAUGUUGACAUAAGAUUAUGUAAUAAUGCAUACCAGUUAGAAAAAUUAAUUGCAAAACCAAAUUUUGACAAAAGAACCAUUUUUACAGAGAAUUUAGUUGCAGUCCAUAUGAAAAGAACAAAAAUAACUUUCAAACAACCAAUAUAUAUAGAAAAAUACGGAAAUAGAGUUAAAUUGAUGUAUACAGAUACAGACUCACUAAUAUUAGAAAUAAAAACUGACGAUUUCUACCAGGAUAUGAAAACUAUGUUAGACCAUUUUGACACGUCAGAUUAUCCACAAGAGAAUAUUUAUGGUUUACCUUUAAGAAACAAAAAAGUCUUAGGUAAAUUUAAAGAUGAGUUAAAUGGAGAAAUUAUGUCUGAAUUUAUAGAACCAAAAUAUGUUAAACAAAACAAAAAAGCUUUAAGUGUUAAUGAUGAUAAAAGGUUUAUUUUAGAAAAUGGUAUUGACACAUUAGCUUGGGGACAUUAUAAAACAAAUAUAUGUAGAAAUGACUUUGUAAACCAUCUCAAUACUCUAAUUAUAAAUCAAAACAAAAAAGAUUAG